UUGAGUAGAGCAUUGCACAGGCAGGGGAAGAAGCAGGAAGGGAGGCGACGGUAGGUGCGGCUGAAGGGCUUCCGAUAAGAUUCCCUGAGGCCGGGGCGGACUUGGAUGAGCUCCGUGUCGGAGCUCUCCGAAUAGCCCUCCCUCCUGCCACCGGCGCCACGGCGAGCGGGGCCUCGAACAUGGCAGAGUCAACAGCCAGCGUGGGAGCCACAGCGACUGUCACCGAGACCGAGGUGAUCGAGCCGGAGAAUCGCAGUCUUACCAUCAAGCUGAGGAAACGAAAGCCGGCCAAGAAGGUGGAGUGGUCAAGUGACACGGUGGACAAUGAGCAUUUGGGACGCCGAUCUUCCAAAUGCUGCUGCAUCUAUGAGAAGCCGCGGGCUUUUGGCGAGAGCUCGACGGAGAGCGAAGACGAGGACGACGAAGGCUGCGGCAACGCUCACUGUAUCCGGGGCCACAAGAAAGGGCAGCGGGGAAAAACGCAGGAUAAAGCAGGAGACGCCGGUCCUUCGAAGGGCGGCCCCCAGAAGUCAGAGCCGCCCGACCAAAACCACGCCGGGGCCAUGCAGCACUGAGCCCCACCCUGCCACGGCGGGGAGGAGAGCCCCAACUCCGACCCUGACCAGGGACUGAUACUGCCCUCUGGGGCAAAAAGGGGGGGGGAGGGAGGGAGGGGGAGGGCAAGGCAGGGCACGUGCAUCCAGCCCCCUGCCCAUCUGUCCUGUGCCGGUGCUCACGCCACGCCAACUCGGGGAGGGGGAGGGGGGGCACGUGCAUUCUGCUCCUUGUCUGUCUCGUGCCAGUGCUGCUGCUGUUGUUGUCUUCUCUGUGGCUGGUGAGUCCGUCUGGUGCUGCCUGUCCCGCCCCACGUGGAAUGUAUUGACAGAGCCAUCCGGGUUCCUUGCCUGAAUUUUUUUUUUUGGUCUGCUUCUCAAUUAAAUACUUGUCUCAGUGAUGAACCAGACGGGAAAUGGGCGCUGCUUCGGGAAGGGCGGUGACGGAGCCCCCUUUUUGCCAGCGUAGGUGGCACCUUUCCCUUCUUGCCAGUCCCUGUCUCGGAGCCCGUUCCUCCAUGCCUCCCGUUUCUGCCAACACACCUCUGCAACACCCAGCUCCCUUCGUGCCUCUCUGUCCUUCCAUACACUGCCUUGGCUUCCUCCCUCUCUCCCCCUCUCUCUCUCCCCCCCCCUCUCUCCGUGCCUCAGCUGUGAAGACCUCUCUGGGUACCAGCCCCACUGCCUCCCCCUGUGUACC